CAACUGCCGGUUUUCGGCAGUACUUUCAUCACGAUCUGACAGCGUGAGGAAAGUGCAGCCGAGAACCGGCAUUUGCAUUUCCCGGUGAUCAGCGUGUCAUUGGACACGGCUGAUCACGUGAGCAGGGAUCGCAACCGAUCAUCAGGGUCACUGAUUCACCAGUGCCCUGAUGAUCGGUGCCCAGCAGUGCCACACACACAGUUUACGCCACCACACUGAUGCCCAGCAAUGCACCCACCUGUGCCCCAGCAGUGCGCCCACCUGUGCCAAACCCAGCAGUGUCACCACCUGUGCCCACCAGUGCCACCCACCAGUGCCCAUCAGU